CGCAAUAAAACAGCGCCGAGGCUCAUUGAAUGAGGCGGAAUUAAAGCAGCCGUGUGUUGUAUGGUAUAUUUACUUAAUUUUAUUUUUUUCCUCCACCCGUGGCAGAGCAGAGGGUCGAGGCAGUAAUAAACGGAAGGUCUCCAGACUAGCGGAGGCGAGCUGGCGCAGGCAGUGGUGUGCCCGUGGACGAUGAGAGACAGUGGCGUUACUUUGGCGCAGAACCGCUGGCAGAGCGAGCUGGCGCCGGCGCAGGACGCGGGCGGGGGCGCGGAGCAGCUCCGAGACGUGGCUUCCAUGGCCUCCUCUGGCGCCAGCAGCCCGGGACGUGGCCAUCUGGGCAGGCGGGGUGACAGGGUGGCUUUCUGGGGAGGAGGAGGAGGAGGAGGAGGAAGCAGCAGCAGCAGUAGCAGCAGCAGCAGGGAGGAGAGGGACCUGUGCAUGGACCAGGAGGAGGAGGAGGAAGAGGAGGAGGAGGAAGAAGAAGAAGAAGAAGAAGGCGGCGGCAACUGGGGGGGACCGUCUAUCUCCGAGUGGGGUGUGGCCCCUGAAGAUGGCCCUGGGAGCCCUGCCCAGCCGCGGCUCAACGGGCUGCGGGCGCGCAGGCUGAGGAGGAGGAGACGGUGGGGCUACUGCCGCGCCCCCCUGACCAAGCACUGGAGGGCCUGGCGCCGCAGGGCCCAGCGGAGCGGCCUGCUCUGGCACCGCAGGCCGCGGAGGUGGCGCCACCUGGCUUCCCAGGCGCAACAGCAGGAGCGCCAACGGCCUGGCAGCCCCCAGCGGGCAGAGGCACUCCUGAAUGGGGUAGCCCCAGCCCUGCCUGGCCUGGGCAACGAGCUCGGACUUUACCCCACCUCCUUCGUGGAGCCCAAGCUGGCUGGGGAGUGGGGCACGGAGUCAGAAACCUUGCCCUUUGGGGUGAAUGGCUUCCCCGACCAUCCCAUGGGUCAGCCGUCUUCUCUGGAGCCAGGGGAGAUCAAGAUUAGUCAGGUGGUCAGCAUGGGGGGGCCGCCCGGCAAGGAGGCCCAGGCUGACGCCUCUGCAUCGGGCAGAGACAAAGGUCCCACCAACCUGCAGAGCGCCAUUACCGACGAGCAUAUGACUUGUGUCCAAGGGAUCCUGGACGAGUUCCUGCGGCAGUACGGCAGCCUGAUCCCCAUCCACACGGAUGAAGUGGUCGAGAAGCUGCAGGUCAUCUUCAAUGAGAACUUCUCCACGCCGCACAGGAAAGCAGUGGUGCAGCACUUAAUUCAGUCCUACCAGCGAUUGUCAGGCAACGCCAUGGUCAGAGGGUUCCGGGUGAACUACAAACGCCACGUGCUGACCAUGGAUGACCUCAGCACCCUGUAUGGGCAGAACUGGCUUAAUGACCAGGUUAUGAACAUGUAUGGAGAUCUGGUUAUGGAUGCAGUGCCUGACAAGGUUCACUUUUUUAACAGUUUCUUUUACGACAAGUUGAGGACAAAAGGUUAUGAAGGGGUCAAGCGAUGGACAAAAAACGUGGACAUCUUCAAGAAGCAGCUGUUGCUGAUCCCCAUCCACCUGGAGGUGCACUGGUCCUUGGUUUGUGUGGACGUGCCCCAGCGCUCCAUCACCUACUUCGACUCGCAGCGCACCCUGAACCGCCGCUGUCCCAAGCACAUCGCGAAGUACCUGCAGGCAGAGGCUGUCAAGAAAGACCAGACUGACUUCCUCACAGGAUGGAGAGGUUUUUUCAAAAUGAACGUGGCCCGGCAGAACAACGACAGCGACUGUGGAGCCUUUGUCCUCCAGUAUUGCAAGUGUCUGGCCCUGGAGCAGCCCUUCGUUUUCACCCAGCAGGACAUGCCCAAGUUGAGGAGACAGAUGUACAAGGAACUGUGUCACUGUAAGCUCUCUCUGUGAGCCGGAGAGAGAGCAUGAGAGAGGAGGAGGAGUGUGGGGGCUGGGGCAAAUUUCCAUCAGCUACGGUUUAUUUUACUGCAUGCCCCCGCCUCCUUUGGUUUUGUUCUAAGGCCGAUAGACGUCAGCGGUACACUAAAAGUUGUUACGCCAUUAUCAUUGGGUUUUUUUCUGGGGGGAGGGUGCUGGCAUGAAUUCAUUGGACCCUGAGAAACUGGACUCCAUACGUGUGUGGAUACCACACAAAGGUGCCCAAACCUUGAACAGAUAUCGGUUAUACUAUAUAUGUGUAGUUUUAUUUUUUAUGUUCCUUAUUUGUCCUGGGGAGGGAGGGAGGGAGGAGAGCCAGGGAUGUCUUUUUUUUUUCUGUUUCAACUUUCCUGAAACUUUUGAAGAACAGCGAUGGAGUCUGCUUGCCCUCAUCAGCUGUCGGUUUUGAAUUUUGUUUCAAGUUCAUCCCCGUCCCUUGUUUUUUGGCAUUUUAUUUAAAUAAUGGCAAGAAAUGUUUGAAAGGGCAGGCAACGUAUCUCGCAAAAAAACACGAAGUUUUAUAUUUAAAACUGGGAUGGAGUGAUAAAUAAAAGGUUGGAUUUGAACUGAUGACCGAAGGAAGAAAAGGUUGGGUUGGGCUUGCGAUGGGUUUUCUGCCGGAGCGUGAAGAAAGAGACAUUUACCCAGAAUUUGGAAUUUCGGAUAAAUACGACGGAGGACUGAUUUCAUUCCAACGCCGGUUUCUCACUAUGUGAUUCUUAUUCAGUCGUGAAUUUAUUUGUGCAUGUGCGAUAUUUUUGAAAAAUUCAUUCCAAUUCCUAAACCUAUCAAUGUUAUUUUCUCCUUUUUUUUAAUAUCAUUUGUAAUGCAAAGGGGGUCCUGUUCUUAAUUACUGACAGGCAGCAGGAUUGCAGUUUUCUGUUUACAAUACAGUGUGCAGUUGUGCCUUUAGUAUGUUCUAAAAUGGCAGCACUGAUGAGCUGUUUCUUGAUCAUACUGUUGCUGUCGUAAGAAUACAAGCAGAAUUGCGACCUCCCCUCUCCUGGCCAUCUGAUCUGAAUCUGUUCAUUCAUUAAUGGCUUCCUUUGGCAUCUUUUCUCACUCCCUACAUCUCUGAUUUGCAACUGAAGCUUUACAGGUCUUAUGUGUGUACACGUACAAGAAGAUCUCAACCUUU